AUGCCCAAGCGGUUCUCCGCGACGUUGCAGCUACCUCGAACGAUUAUGGAAAAUGAUCUCAAAGAUCUGAAAAACUUUCUAGCAGUGCACGGGGCACUGGUGAGGCCGUAUUAUGAAAAUACCUUCAACCACCCAGAAGAUUCGGAGUUCUCAGAAGUCUUUCUUGGGAAUGACUCAGUAAAAAUUGUAGAAAGUGAAAGCCAACUGAAGAAGACAAUUUCUAUGGCUUCGGAGUUCAGCUGCAAUAUAGAUGAACUGCUUGAAUUUUUCGAGAGAUUACGGAAAAUACUGCAGAUACGUUCUUCUCAAAUCCAGCAUGCAGCAGCGUCAUGUGGCUCGGCGUGCCAGUUUUCGCCGAUUUUCUUCUCUAAAGUGUUGGAAACUGUGCUAGAGACUUGUAAAUCAAAUCUUGAGUUUCCAAACGAAGAUUCGAAACGUUCUUUAAGCCCCCUUCAUGUUGUCAGCAGUUCAGACUGCGAUAUCUUAUACCAUGUGACUACAAUUUUGGGUAUGCUGUCCAACCCAUGCCACAAUGGAACCAGUACUGGGAUUGUUGUGAUAUGUUACUCCCAGAAACUCGUGCUCCCUCUUUAUGUUUUGUCUGAUAUAAUUGCUGAAUGUUCUCCACCCGUCAAUCUAUACAGCUUUUUACCAUCUACGAGAACAUCUGAGUUCAGUUGUCCAGGUUAUGUUAUUCCUAUUAUCUUUGAUUCUGCCGACAUAGACUCGGCCGCUAGACAGUGUCUUGGUUUGGUCAAGCACCAUGAUGUAUGCUUUUGGCACUCGUCAAUCAUAUUAGUAGAAGAGAGCGUCGAGUUAAAAUUCUUGGAAAAGUUGCGACACGUGUUGCAUUUGGCCGUUGAAGUGUGCGGUGAUGAUGCAACCGAAGAAGCGUCUCAGGGACAGCUACAUUCCAAAGAAACACUCACUUACAUAGAGGAGUUGAAAAGCAAGUUUGGCGCAAUCGUGCUUACAUCACAAAAUAAACUUCCACGGUUCCUUUAUAACGUUCCCCCAUCAGCCCUCUCUAGUGACCUUCAAUGGGGUACUGCGCCCAUCGGACAUAUCAUUAGAUUCCGAACAGCGAAAGAGGUGUGUUCGAUUGUAAACCACUUCAGCAACCAAGUUCGUUACACUCAAGGAGAACUGUUAAAUUCGCACGGACAUUUAUCUAUCAGCAUAAAUAUUUGGCUGAAUUCACCGGCGUUGUGUUGGCAGUUGGCAGACACAGUUAGCUCUUCUGGAAUUCAAAGUAUAUUUAUCAAUGCUUCAAGCGAUAGGAUGGUGUCUGCCUUGUACAAAGGUAUAGUGGACUGUGAUGAUUUUGGUUCUCCAUAUUCUUUUCCUGGCCUCACUGCAAGUACUGAUGACUCGAAAAUGGCAUUGAGUUUAACAAACCUACUUUCCGUGUCAAACAGAGUGCAAAACAGUUGGUCCUCACAGAGUUUUGCCAACAUUAGAAGAAAGGUUCUUGGCAAUUUUCUCGGUAAUGACCUAUUCACUAGUAUAGCCAGAAAGGCUUGGAAAUCAUUUGUUGUUACGUCACCUUCAUUACUGAGCUGCGAUGAUCGUUUUGGACUUCUGGACAGCAAACAGACAAACGAAGGUGGAUUGAUUAUUGCUCGACAGUGGAUGAAACCUUGUGGACCAGUUGCAAUUUUCUUGAGAGAGAACCAUAGUGAGAACUCGCAAUUUAUUACAUUUUUGUUCCAUACGGUUCUGCAAGCAAUUUUUUCGGGUAAUUCCGUGAUUCUUUGUUUGACAGAAGAUGCUAUGCAAUUAGAGAACCACUGUUGGUUCACAGAAAAGUUCAACACAUUGGUUUUGGGUUUGCCUGAGAAUCUUGUUAUGAAAUGUAGUUUUCCCGCGCUUUCCAAGGAUAACAUCCCCGCAGUUCUAAAACUGGUAGAACAUCCGGCGGCGGUAAUUCUUCCAGAGCCACGGUGGGACACAGUGACCUGUUGUGGUACUUCGGAAGGGCACACGCGAUACUGCUUAGUCAAGCGUGUAACACUCUUUUGGUCAACAGGUGCGGAAAUGUUUUCAAACUAG